AUGGCAUGCUCGAAAUUAUUUUCAGGAUAUUUACCUGAAUUAAUAGAUGAAAUUAUACAGUAUUUUAGGAAUGAUAUUUCAACAUUGCAUUCAUGUAUUUUAGUCAACAGAUUAUGGUGUCGUUCAGCGAUUUCAUUAUUAUGGGAAGAUCCAUUUUCAUUAAUUCACGUCCAAAAUUUUCGAUUUGUUGAAAUUUACUUACGUAAUUUAAAUGAAGAUGAUAAAGCAAAAUUAAAUGAAUAUGGAAUUAAUAAUAAUUUGUUACUACUUUCGAGUACAUUAUUCAAUUAUCCUAGUUUUAUUAAACGUUUAAAUACACAUAAAGUUGGUCAUUCCAUUGAAAAUUGGCUCUCAACUUUAAUGGAUAAUAAUUAUGAUAAACGUAGGAAGGCGGCAAAAUUAGUAUAUAGAUUAUUAUUUAAAAUGUUUAUUGAAAACGAAGGAAGUUUAUAUUCUUUUGAAGUUAAAAUGCAUACAAUUAGUGAUUAUAAAUAUUUUAAUGAUACUAUGGAAUUAACUUUACAAAAUCCAAAUUUUACUUGCAAUAUUAGAAAUUUAAUAUUUUAUAUAUUUAUUAUGUACGGUUGUAGAAAUCUCUUCCCUUCUACAAAUAUCCUUCCUUUUCUCAAAUUUUUACAUUCUAAUUGUAAUUCAAUCACAUCAUUUUAUUUUGGAAUUUUUAAAUUUGAAGCAGGUAAUUUCUCUUCAAUUGGAAACUGUUUAUCACAAAUGAUUAUUACACAACAGAAUCUCAAAAAAAUUUCAUUUGAAUGUAACGACUUCUUCUAUAAUUCAUUUUCUUUAUUAAAAAAUUCCAAUAUUUCAAAUACUUUGAAAAUAAUUACAUUCUAUUCAAUUGAUUUUAAUAUUAUAAUUUCUAAUUUUAAAGAAAUAUUUAACCAAUUUAAUGUUUUAGAAUCUAUUCAUAUUAUUUAUUGUAAAUCUUUAAAUUCUCAAUUUGUUCAACAAAUGGUUAGUGUUAUCAUACCAUUUAAAUUGAAAACUUUAAUCAUAAGUGAAAUAUUACAAGUUGAAUCAUUACAAUUAUUAUUACAAAGAUUUGGUAAUGAUUUAGAAAAUUUUGGAUUUAAUAGCUGUGAUUAUGAUUUUAGUAAUAAAGAAUUGAUACAAAAUAAUAUUAAUCUAACACUUAGUUUAAUUGAAAAUAUUAAACAAAAUCUUAAUUAUCUUAGUAUUGAAAUUGAUUUUUUUGUACAUUCUUUAAAUUAUAAUACAAUUUGUUCAAUUGUAUUACAAAAUUUAGGACAAAUUCUUCCCUCUAAAUUAGAAUUUUUAAGAUUAGGUCUUAAAAUUGGUCAAAAUGAUUUGAAAAUAUUUUUAGAAAAUUCUAAAAAUACUUUUAUAAAUAGAUUAUUUAUUAGAAAUAUGUAUUAUGAUAUAAAUGAAGAUAUUUUAUCUUGUAUAAAAGAAUUUAUUAUGAAAAAGAAAAGGGUUAAAUAUUUAGCUAUUUAUAAUAUUUAUCAAGAUUUGAUUGAUUUGAAGGGUGAAGUAAAUGAAUUUAAAUUAUAUGAUAUUAUAAUUCAAAGAUAUGAAGAUUUUUUUAUUCAAACUUAUGAUAUUGUAAACAGUUAUUUGUAA